AAGUGUUUCUUAAUGUAGUUGCCAACAACUUUAAUGCCUCCUGUGGACAGUGAUAAGUGGAGGUGGCUGUAUAAACCCAAUGGAUGAGAUUAAUAUAAAAACGCAACUGUAAUGGAAUAAAAUAGUAAAUAACAGACUUCAUAGGAGAAAUUAUAAGUGCUGACAAAUACUGUACAUUUAUAAUCACUUAAAAUGCUCUUAUAACUGCUUAUACAGUAGCUACCUUUUACCAUGUUAAAAUUUCUUAAAUGUUUAUAUGCUGCUUACUUGUACAUGAAGUGCAUCUUACUAUAGGUGAUGAGGUCCUACCUGACCACUAUAUUUGCUAAAUAUAUAACUAUUUCUGACAAAAUGAUCAUAACCUCAUUACGUCCGAUUGGACGCCCACGUCACCUAAUGUCCCUCUCUUCAUUUAUGGCCUGCUUACGUCACAGCCUUUUACCAAACAUGGACACACCUGGUAUCACUGAAAUCUGUGGCGCCACACUGAAAACAGAUGUACCAGCCAUUUAAAUGUAUUUUAACAUAACUCCCAACAACUCGUUCUGACCGCUGUGCGGCGAGACUUUAAACAGGUUGAUGGAUUUUGUCUCAGAAGUUGCAAAACGGAAAUGUUGAAUCUUACUCCGGGAUGUUAGCUUGGUCUUAGCACCAUCACAUACAGCUGCCUUUACUAAGAAACAACGCAACCAACAGUGCGGUGUAAUAGCCUAUUAUCACAAUCCACCAGGAGAUAGCAUGAGUAAUCCAACUGGACAUGAAUCAUAUUCUGGCCAAGAUGAAGAAGGUCAUGAAGCUGAGUUGCUCUGCUUCAAGAUUAAAGCCUAUUUGGAGGAGUUGUUCUUUGACAGCCACCUGGCAGAGGAUGGCUUCAUACUGAAAGACGUGCAGAAGAACAAGCAGGGCUACACAAAGGCCCUGACCACAAACUGGCACAUGACUCUUUCAGCAGCAGACUCCUCAGACCUUCUUGAAGUCGGCGACGAAGGCACAAAAGUGAGGCAGAUAAAGCCGCUUCCCAAACGGCUGCUGUGUUCAUCCACCAACAAGCUCCUCCUCAUCUGGAACAUUUCCGAGGUGCAAGCCGGAGACCUGGAGCACCUUUCACUCUCAGAGAGGAUGCUCCAAAAGUUCAGCGCUCAUGGCAGCAUUUCUUCAGUCCGGAUCCUGCAUCCCGGCAAAGAGCUUCCUAAGAAUCUGCAGUGCAGUGGUCAGGUAUAAUAGUUUGGAGGCGGUUUGAAAGGCCUGUAAUGCCCUAAAAGCAGAAAAGCGGAGGUCUAAAUGGAAAGGCAUGUGUGUGGUGCCCUUGGGAUUCCAGACGAUACACCACGUCACCAAGGACGAUUCAUCAGAAGAAAAAAAUGAGAAUCAACCUGAGGACACACCAUCCCAACAAAAUCUAUUUGGAACCUCAGAGGAUUCAGUCCAGGAGGAACCAGUUAGCGUUUCUGAUGAGACUCCAGACACUUCUCAGCCCCAAACUACUUUUAACAACUCCUUUCAAAGAACCUUUGAGCAGACCCCCACCAGCUUUAACAGCUUCCCUGGUUUGAAUAAGAGGCACAAUAGAAGGAGUUGGUGCUCUGGAGACUGCAACAGAGAGAGUUCUCCGAGCCCCUGGACGCUGAGGCACAAAUUUGCAGCCAGUGGAUUGAAUCACAAAGUAGUUGGACACCUGAACGCACCCUGCGUGGUGCAGAGAGUGUUAUGUCGGCCCUUGGGCCCUGAUGGCACCAGGGGUUUCCAAGGCAGAUGGAAGCUACUAAAGCAGGAAGACGUCAAACUCUCCCUUAGGCAGAGUAGUACCACCUGUGCAGAGAAACAGUGGUAGAUUUGUGAACAUAAUACAGAAACAAACAUUAAAGCUGAUGAAGUAAAUACAAUAUGUUUUGCCUUAAUGAACAAAAAGCUAUUUUAAGUUUUGCUUUCUCUACUCAUGAGAGAUUGUUUGUUCUAUUUGACAUGUAGGUGUAAACCACUGGCAGAUGGGGGCAGCAUUUAGCUGUGUUCACAAAUGUGUUAUUGUAAACACACUUUUUUCUGCUUGUUAAGCUGUAGUUGCUUAGCAAGUAAAUACACUGUAAAUAGUCAAAUACAUAUUAGCAGGAGGUACAAAUUGUAACACUCACUGAGGUGUUUAUGUGCUGAAGUGAAAGUGUCUCUGACUCCACGCGUGCUCCUCUGCACCCCCGGAGCCUCAGUUCGUUUGGGUGCAGCUGCAAAUUGCAAUGUAUAUUUGUUCUUGUGCCAGGAUUGAUUUACCUUGUUACCACUUUGUGCGAGAAAGAGGUGUUGUCUUUCAACAUGAAACGCUCAGAAAAAGCCCUCAUUGUCCCACUGCGUCUUUUUCGCCAAUGCCUGUUUAGAUUUUGGUUCCCUAAAAAGUAGUUUUCCACUCGUUGAGAUGACAUGUGGCUGAAGGUUACACGUCCAAACUUCAAACCACAUCUUGUGAAAGACGAGUGUAGGAGCAACACUUGUGCCUUAUUUCCAGCCUUUCUAAUGACACCUCGAGUGGAAUGGUGUGUUUAUAGUGUUACUGAUUGAGGGCUUCCUUAAAAUCUUGCCCAAACCUAAACAAAGUGUGUUUUUUUAACUCAUCCACACCCAGUGGAAAAGAUUCAAUCUGAUGUC